UACCUGAGAAGAGAAGUGCGGCGCAGUGGAGGCAUGGUGCAGCUAGGCUUCCUUUGCCAGGAGAAGCUUUGCAUACUGCCAAGUUUGUCGCAACGGUCAACCACGUUUCGGAAACUUAUCUAUACGCAGGCCUUUGUUUUUUUCCUUUGGCCGAAAUAAAUUGACGCCCUUCACAAACUUUUCUACAUUAUGCGGACGUCCAGCACUACCCGACUGGACUAAAAACUUUCAUUUUGAAGUCGCCUCAGCGACUAAUUCAGCUUCGCUUGCGGACAAAGAGAAGUGGUUGUUGUUGAGGCCGGGGCAUGAGCAUCAGGUUGGAGCCUAAAAUGGGCGCUAAGUCACUGAAGUCAAAUUUGGAGCAGGAACUUGGUGGGACGAAAGAACGUCAUCGACUCUCGACUCUUUGCAAAAAGCAAGCAAAAAUUGUUCUUCGCAGACUAACAGAAUUCGGUGGAAAAGUACUUCAUCCUGAUUACCGUCAGCCAGACUGGCCUUCAGUUAAAGAGGAAGAAGAGCUGGAGUCCCCGAACAUGAAAGAAAGUCACAAAAUAAAGAAGGAAGUGACUCUUGACUGUAAAGAGGAGGAGUCUGGGCCCCCAAAAGUUUCAGAGGAGGUUCUAACGCAGAUCCACUACAUCAAAAAAGAGGAGGACGAGAAGCUAGCAUGUGUUAAAAAGGAGACAGACAUCGCACAGUUAACUGAAGAUGAAUGUCUGAGUGACAGCAAAGAUGGGGAGCCUCCGAGAGUCAUCAGCAGCUCAACACAAAGAUCCCAAGUAAACAACCUCAUAGCUUCACUACCAGAUAGCGACUUAGCCACGUCACGCUCGACCUACACCGGUGUUGUUGAUGCGGAGGAUGGUCAUAAGACGGCUCACAGUGACAACAAACACUGCAGAUGUUCAAAGUGUGGGAAAACCUGUGGUAGAAAACCUCAUUUGGAAGGGCAUAUGAGGAAGCACAUUGGAGAGAAAUCUAGCUCCUGCUCAAUAUUUAGCCAAAGGUUCACUCGGAAAGGACAAUUAAAAAAUCACAUAUGUGUCGACACUGGUGAGAAACCAUUCUCCUGCUCAGUUUGUGGUAAAGGUUUCUUGAUCAAGCAACACUUAAAAAGACAUGCAAGAAUCCACACUGGUGAGAAACCAUUCUCCUGCUCAGUUUGUGGCCAAGCUUUUACAAUAAAGCAAAGCUUGAAAAGACAUGCAAGAACCCACACUAGUGAGAGACCUUUUACCUGCUCAGUCUGUGGCCAAAGAUUUGCUCGAAAAGGAUCUUUAAACGCACACACAGGAGUACACACUGGUGAGAAACCAUUAUCCUGCUCAAUAUGUGGUAAAGGUUUCGCUAUAAAGCAAGACUUAAAAAGACAUGAAAGAACCCACACUGGUGAGAGACCUUUUACCUGCUCAGUCUGUGGCCAAAGAUUUGCUUGGAAAGGAUCUUUAAACGCACACACAGGAGUACACACUGGUGAGAAACCAUUUUCCUGCUCAGUAUGUGGUAAAGGUUUCACUAUAAAGCAAGACUUAAAAAGACACACAAGAUUGCACACUGGUGAGAAACCAUUCUCUUGCUCAGUAUGUGGUAAAGGUUUUUCGAACAAGCAACACUUACAAGCACACGCGAGAAUCCACACUGGUGAGAAACCAUUCUCCUGCUCAGUUUGUGGGCAAGCUUUUACUUCAAGGAAAUGUAUAACAAGACAUCUAAGAACCCACACUGGUGAGAAACCAUUCUCCUGCUCAGUUUGUAGCCAAAGCUUUGCUAGAAAAGAGAACCUAGAGAGUCACAAAAGAACCCACACUGGUGAGAAACCAUUCUCUUGCUCUGUUUGUGGCCAAAGAUUCAACCGGAAAGACUCUCUUAAUACACACACUGGUGUCCACACUGGUGAGAAACGAUUCCCCUGCUCAGUUUGUGGUAAAGGUUUUUCGAGGAAGAAUAACUUGCAAACACACGCUAAAAUCCAUACUGGUGAGAAACCAUUCUCCUGCUCAGUUUGUGGCCAGGCUUUUAUUUUAAAGCAAUAUUUAACAAGACAUGCAAGAACCCACACUGGGGAAAAACUUUUUUCCUGCUCAGUUUGUGGUAAAGGUUUCUCGAGGAAGAAUAGCUUGCAAGGACACGCAAGAAUCCACACUAGGGAGAAACCUGAAUUUGUGGCAAAAGAUUCACUCGGAAAGAAUCUUUAAAAAAUACACAUAAUAAUCCACACUGGUGAGAAACCUUCGACUGCUCAGUUUGUGGCGACAGGUUUGCCCAUAAGUGGUAUAUAAAUGUAUACACAACAAAAUAUACUUGUGAGAAACCAGUCACCUGCUCAGUUGGUGGCCACAGAUUCACCUGGAAGGAUCACUUAACAAAACACUCCCAUAAUAGAGGUAAACCUUUCUCUUGCUCAGUUUUUGGUCAAAGUUUUUCAGAAAAAGGCAAGCACAUAAAGCUCUGCUAAGAAGGGAACCUUAGCUGCUUGCUUGUUUGUUCUAUUAUAUGAUUUUCACCCUUGCACAUUCUGUACAUGAGUUUGUGCCAAUGUCUGUUGUUUCAUAGUGUUUUAUAAAUAAAGUUGAGAAUUUACA